AUGACCUCCAUUGAGUUUCGACCUGUUUGUAGCUAUGCCUCACCACUUUCUUCGCAGCGGACAAGGCGCUCAGUGCAUGGAGUCUCUGCGAGCUGCUGCAUGGUGCUGCCACAAAGGGGGCUGCUCUUUGCGGGGCUCAGUGACGGCAAAAUCCUGGUCUGGGAAUCCAUCGAUCGAAAUGGUGGGGAUCGCAGGGCCAAAGAGAGUAAACCUCGCGUCCUGGAGGGCCACAAAGGAGAUGUGCGAUCGAUGAUCUUUGUUGAGAGCCUUUGCCAGGGUGUGAUGAUCACGGGGGCCUCUGACCGAUGUAUCAAGAUGUGGGACUUGUCGGAUCCGCGGAUCAACAUCCCCUGCGUACACAGUUUGUACGGCCACGGGGGGACGGUGAUCGCGUUGGACUAUGGCUUGGACCUUCUGCUCAGUUCCUCCACCGAUGGUUUUCUCUUCGUGUGGCGCGAUUCGAGUCCGGCUCGGCUGCUGCGCUUCCCAUCCUACGCGGUGCGACAACGCCUUGAAACCGGGGGCAGCAGCAAGAGCAAGGAGACCUGGUUCUUGUCUAUUUCGACGCGGGAGGGAGAGACGCCUUUGGCCUUUGCAGGAGAUUCGGAAGGCUAUGUACAUAUUUUCAAGCGAUGCGACCUAUCACAGGUGAAUGCCUUUGACAAACUUUUUGAACUUCUUUGGAAGGUGAAAGCUCAUGAGCUGGGUGUCUCAAAGAUUGUGGCCGUGCCUAUGGAGUCGUUUCUAUUCACCUUGUCCUAUGACCAGAAGUUGAAGGCCAUGGACAGUGUCUCGGGACAGACCGUCUUUCAGGAAACCAACCAGUGCAACACGGUCUUCAACAGCAUCGCUUGGGAUUCCACAUCGCAAGAUGUAAUCGUUGCUGACAACAAAGGCAACUUGGGCUUCUACAAUCUCAUCCAGGAAACCUGGAUCACUUGGAAAAACGUUUCGGACGAAUCCAUCCUGGAGGUCCAUCUCUUACCUUCCAAGACCCGCCUGCUGCUGCUGAUGCCUCACUCGUUGCAGGUUCUAGAGAUCCUGCGGGGCGUGAAGUUCAAAGAGCUCAAGGAGCAUUCGGGUCCAGUGGUGUCCAUUUCAUCGCGAUCCAUGAAUGAGGGAGGCGUCUUGUACACUGCCGCGAUGGACAAUACCAUUCGGAUGUGGGACGCAGAAACCUUGGAAUGCAUCAAGUGCAUCAAGGAAAAGAAGGAGGAGAUCACUGCCAUGAUCUAUUUGCCGCGUGCCAACGUCAUUAUCACAGGACAUGAGAAUUCGGACCUGAAAAUGUGGUCCUUGGACUGUGAGCAGGCGUAUUUGAGAACCGUGACGGGCCAAUCGGUACAUGAGAACACCAUCAGCGCCCUCAUUGUGGUGCACGUGCACGGCGAUUCCUCAGUUCAACCUGAGAACACUCCCACAGGAUUUGAACUGGUGGUUGCUGGCUCCUACGAUCGGCUCAUGUCCUUCUGGCGUGUCACCUUAACCUCGGAUAGUACUGCCAUGGCCAAGUUCGAACGAGUGGUACAUGCACAUCCGGACGCCACCGAUGAGAUUUUAGCCCUGGGCAGCAGCGCCACGACUGGCGCCCUCUUCUCGGGCGGCAACGAGGGCAUCAUCCGGCAAUGGUCGUUGUGGGGCACAGUUCCGGAGGCUGAACUUCGCGGCCAUGAGGAUGCCAUCACAUGUUUUGCUGCUGAUGGACACUUCCUCUAUUCAGGCUCGGCUGAUGGCACCAUCCGAAUCUGGGAGUGCACCCGGAAGCGUCAGCUGAAAGUCCUGAACCUCCAUGAGGUGACGGUACAGGCUUUAUUGAUGCUGCCGGACUCGGGUGCGUGUAUCUCGUGCGCUGGGGGCAAAGUCGUUAUUUGGCAGUGCGACGGGGACAACGAGGUCACGGUGAUCCGAAGCUACGAACAGCCCGAGGACUUCCGAGCACUUCAUGUGCGUCAGCAAGAUCUCUUGGCGGGUUGCGAGUCCGGGAAGAUUGUGUCGUUUCCUCUGCCCGAAGAAGUGGCACCGGCAGCUGACGAGGCCAUGGAUGAGGAUAACAGUGGACAUUGA